AUGACAUUAAAUCUUAGCGCACAUUAUGACACUUUGUGCAAUAUGGUAAUACGUCCACCAAGAUGUCAAUAUACAGAGAAUGAUAUGGGUCCAAAGUCAUUCAGAAUUGGUGGUCUGUCUUUUGUUCGCAAUGACUUUGAGUUAAUCAAUGUUAGAGGUCUAUCGAUAAAGUGUAGUCAUUUUAAACCUGCAGAGUAUUGGACGAACGGAAAACAAUUACCAUGCGUUAUAUAUUGUCAUGGUAAUAGUGGAUGCAGGUUAGAUUCAUUGGAAUGUGUUCGAACUCUACUUCCAAUCAAUAUAACAGUUAUGGCAUUGGACUUUACAGGAUCAGGCUUGAGCGAUGGUGAGUACGUAUCGCUUGGCUACUAUGAGAAGGAGGACAUCUCCACUGUGGUCAAGCAUCUGCGAGAGACGGGCAAGAUCUCAACCAUUGGCCUAUGGGGUCGGUCGAUGGGUGCUGUCACCUCGAUCCUCUACGCCAAAGAGGACCCGUCCAUCGCUGGCAUGGUACUGGACAGUCCAUUCUGCAAUCUCUACAAGGUGGCCGAGGAGUUGGUGCACUCCAACGUUCAAAAGAUGCCCAAACUCAUGAUAUCGCUGGGUCUCAAGAUGAUCAGGAGUUCAAUCAAGAAGCGUGCUCACUUUGAUAUCAAGGACCUGGACAUCACACCGACCACUGAGCAAGUCUUCAUUCCUGCCCUCUUUGCACAUGGAAAGGAUGAUGACUUUGUCAAGCCACAUCAUUCUGAGAAACUGUAUGAGAAGUAUCAAGGAGACAAGAAUCGUCUACUUUUGGAAGGUGAUCACAAUAGUGAGCGACCUCAUUUCUUCUUUGAAUCAGUCUGUAUAUUCUUUGUAAACACACUCAAGCCAGAUCCAAUCGAUGUCAACUAUAAUAAUCAAUCCAAACAACCACAACACCAACAACAACAGAUAUUCUAUGAAGACGAGGAGGAUUUGAUGUAUGAAGAGGAGCAGCUGAGGAAAGCUAUACUUCUAUCAAUACAAGAGCCAAGCUUUGUAGAGUCUCAAUGUAAUCAAGCAGCAGAGAGUAUUACAUCACAUACACAGACACAAACACAGACACAGACAGAGACACAUACACAAACAAAUGGACAUUCACAUAACAACAGCAAUGGACAUUCACAGAACAACAACGGACAUUCAGAGCAGGUGAUGGAGAGGAAUGAACUGCCACCAUCAAUGGAGAACACCUCACCAACGAACAGCACAACAAGUAGUACGGACUCACCGUACAGACUG